AUGGGUUUUGUGGAUCAUAUUUCAGAUGUGUGCUCAGUUACAAGCACAAGGAAGAGCAAGCGCAAGCCAAUGCAGACAGUGAAAAUAAAGGUGAAAAUGGAUUGUGAUGGCUGUGAAAGAAAAGUCAGAAACGCCGUUUCCUCCAUCAAAGGUGUAAAAUCAGUCGACAUAAACAGAAAACAAAGUAGGGUAACAGUAAGUGGUUAUGUCGAGCCAAACAAGGUCUUAAAUGAAGUGAAGAGCACAGGAAAGAAAGCUGAAUUUUGGCCAUAUGUUGAAUACAAUUUGGCAUAUUAUCCAUAUGCUCCUGGAGCCUAUGACAAAAAAGCACCUUCUGGGUAUGUUAGAAAUGUUGCACAGGCAUUUCCAAGCCCUAAUGCUCCUGCUGAGAAGUACACAACAAUUUUCAGUGAUGAAAAUGUUAAUGCAUGUUCGAUCAUGUGA